AAUAUCUAGAGAACAUCCUAACAACUUUACAUAGCCCAAUUUCCUGGAACCCUCCUCUCCUAUACAUAUACAUACACAUAUACAUGAUCCCACGGUUAUAUAUAUUCACACACACUGAAUCUCGACCCAACAUGAACUCUCUCUCUCUCUCUCUCAAUCUGUACUCUGAUUUUCUCUCUUACAGAGUCAGUUUCCACACUGUUUCGGACAGAGGCUUCAGACGUAGAACUGAACUGAAUCUAUGGACGUGACAAUGAGCAGUUACCGCUGCGGAUCUCCGACAUCGUCUUCAUCGGGAUCUUCGUCUUCAGACACUUCGAACACCCACAAGAACUCUCCAUCACGAGAGAAACCCGGUCGGGUCAAGGGUCCAUGGAGCGCGGAGGAAGACCGGAUCCUGACCCGACUCGUCGAGAAAUACGGGCCAAGAAACUGGUCUUUGAUCGGCAAACACAUAAAGGGUCGGUCGGGGAAAUCUUGCCGGCUCCGGUGGUGCAACCAGCUCAGCCCCGCCGUGGAGCACCGGCCGUUCACGGCGGAGGAAGACGAGACCAUCCUCGCCGCUCACGAACGGUACGGAAACCGGUGGGCGACGAUCGCCCGUCUCCUCCCCGGACGCACAGAUAAUGCGGUGAAGAAUCAUUGGAAUUCGACGCUCAGGAGGCGAGCAAGAGAGCGGAGGCAGACGCAGACGCAAAUGCAGAGGGAGGAGGAGGUGAUGACGGCGUUGACUUUGGCACCGCCGGGGAGUGGUGGAUACGGCGGCGGCGGCGGCGGAGGGAGGACGGAGGAGGGAGUGACGGCGGAGUUCUGGGAGACGAUGAAGGAAGUGAUAGCGAGGGAAGUGAGGGAAUACGUUAGUUCCACGUUCACGAGCGGUUCGGGGUUUCAAUGAGUUGAUCUUUCAAAUCUGUUAUUUGUAAUUGUUAAUAUUUAUUAUUCAUUAUUAGAUAAUGGUUUUUGUUUAA